AUGAGGAUCCUCCUGAUACAAAUCACCACGGUUCUGCUGAUAAGUUAUGCCAAGAGGACUUCCGGCAGGCACUUGCCUUCCACCGUAGACGUUGAUGGAGAAGAAGAAUCCGUUCCUUCCCAAUUCGACAUCGAUGACGACUCGAAGACUGACGAGUCGAAAGAGGAUCCAUCGGAGGAUAAACUACCAAUUUUACCACCAUUGAUCCUGCUAGAUUUUGGAAACGACACCGAAGAUUCGAACGUUACUUCCGAAGAGAAAUCGAAACGAACCGUGAACAGUGGUCUAGGUUACGGCCUCGAGAACAACGCCCUUCAGCCCCGAAGGUACAACUAUUAUUUUCCAGGUGGAAAAUCAGGAACCACGGUCAGCAUCGAGGAAUCCAUUAGCCCUUUCUUACCCAAGACGAUCGUCGAGAGGGUUCAAGCUUCGAGUCAAAGGAAUUACCUGGACAGCCGUCAGAAUUCCUUCGUUUCCUCGACGGAUCGAUACUCGAAUCUGCAACAGACGAAAUCUCAGUCAGUAUUCGGGCAACGAACGAAGCCCCAGAAGGUCGCCGGAGCUUCCAGUUACGAGUCUUACCAAAAUGUAGCGACAACCGCGAAACCAUCGGCCGAUUCGUUCCCGGUUCAGAAUUCAGGAUACCGGAACGCUGGUAUCUCCACGCAAUCGCCUUUGUCUUUCAGUCCCAGCGAUUCGGUCAGAUACGUAACUCCCAGCCCCGGGAACUUUGCCAGCCAUCACAGCAACUCGUUCAACUACGCCAGCACGAUAAGUCCAUUCUCGAUGAACGAGAACGGGGGUACUUACGCGGAGCAAAGGCUUCGAUCGAACGUCGAUUCUCGUGGCUUCCCUGUUUCACAAACCGUCGACUCAUCGACCGUGGCACCGUUGAGCUACGACUCUCAUUUCUCAGCUGCUGGCUCGCAACUUUCCAACCGACCCAGGUACACGGUGGAGAACGGGGUUCGGUACGAGAAUAAAAUCUUUUGGAAAUAUCCGGACGGUCGAGUGUCCGACGUGCCACCGGCCACUUACGUGGAGUACACGCGAUCUUCGGCCGGUCAGUCCGGCAAAUCCCAGCAACCUCAUGCGAUUUACGAGCCAACGACUACGGAAAGUAGCGUGCUUUCCCAGGGACCGGUGCAGUUUCCCACGGUUCCCGAACCGGCCGCACAGGAGCCGAAUCCAUUCGUUUCCGGUGAAUCUUUGUCGUCCAGUUUACCCCAGCAACAAGUGUACCGGCUCGGUUAUCAGAGUUUAGUGAGCCAAAGGCAGAACAUCAACUUGGCUCGACAACGAAAGCCCAACAGUAACGCUGCGGCUUCUUAUUCCUUUUCUACGUCUUCUUCGAGGAGGGCGAAACCUGGUUCGAACAGCGCUAAGGUUAACUAUCAGGCCUAUCAGCAACCCUCCAGGUACAUGGUGAACGGUCCUAAUCCCGAAUACACCGAUGGCUACACGACGGAGGCUACCCUCAACAGUACCACUCCUCUCAGCAAUUUAUUCAGCUCCUCCGGUGAUCGUUCUCCAAGGAAAUACACCUCGAAGGUGCGGAAUUACUUGGACAACGUCCUAGCCGAGGAGGAUGGAUCGAAGAAACAAAGCUUCGAUAACAAUGACCUGAACAGUUACUCGAAUCUUCGAUACUCGGACCUAUUGAAUUACAAUCCGUCCAUCUCGGAAUAUAUUAGAAAUCCUUCGUCUAUUCUGAACGUACGACCGACCUUCGUGCAGGCCGGGAACUCUUUGAUACCGGUUAUUAUACUCCGAGUGGAUGGCGCGUCUCCUAUUCAGACGAAAUCCUCGCAGAACAUUAAUUUGAAGGCUCUGCUUCAACAGUACCUCGUUCAGUACGCCAAGAGCAUUCAAGAGCUGGCCCAACCGUCUACCUACGAUCUCGGAACGGAAUCUAUCGGGAAAGGUCAGACUUCGGGGCAAGGUAAGAGCCCCGUCCUGGAUUUGAUUCGAUUGACCCAGGAGGACGCUCGCCAGAUGCCCGGUUACCCCACGGACUCCUAUAUCGGAAGAUCUAGUUACGAGACUAGUAACCUGGAGGAGCCGAAACAAUUAUCCAAUGGACGUUACAGUAGUCGACAGAAAGUAAAGAACGUUCAGAUUUUGGAUGAUCCUCGAUUCCCUACCUAUAGGGUUAAGAACUAG